UAAAUUUUAAACGUAAAAUAACUUUAUGGCUUGGAAUUGAAUGUGCCUCUCCAGCUGAUGAUGUGGAAAAUAUGUAAAAUAUUACGAGCUCUUAUUUUACUUGAGGGGAUACGUCAUGCAGUUGCUUUUGAUUGUGGUCGUCGACCUGGAUUCCAUUCCCCGCCACCAGAGGUCGGAGUGUCAUUGAUUCGCACUGGUGAAGUUCCCUGGCUCGUUGAAGUAUAUAAAAGCAGUGAUUAUAUUUGCGAUGGUUCAGUUGUUGGAAAAAGAUGGAUUUUGACAUCAUUACAAUGUAUCGAUGUAAGGGACCCUCUUUCAGACGUGCAUACUGAAAUUCGAAGCUCUGAUGAAAUACACGUAUUCAGAGUAAAUCGUUCAUUGCACAACGCCAACUCCGACGCUGUUAUCCUAGAAUUGACAGAAAAUAUUGAGUUUGAUGAGGAAAUCCAGCCAAUAUGUGUGAGUAGGCACGAGCAACAAGGCAUUGGUGGUAAUUGCUUACUUACAAUGAAAACUGCGAACUCGCCAUCUACAUUUCAAAUUGGGAUAUCUGAAGCUUACCAGGCCAACUGCCAAACUCAAUAUCCGGAACAAAAUUUGAAUGGCAUUGUGUGUGUGAAUAUUACAGAAGAUUGCAAGGAAAAUCUACCCGGACAAAUUUUAUAUUGCAAACGAGACGACGAUCUAUUUUAUGUGCAAGGAAUUUUGUCCCGACCUCACAACUGCGCAGGAUUAAGUCUUUAUGAAAAUGUCUUGAAAUCAUUUGAAUGGAUUUGGAAAAUCAUAAACCAAGAUGAAAUGGUAAUGGCAGCUCGGAACGCUUUUGUACCAACCUCUCGAUCUGGCGAUCCAUGCUCUGGAGACGGAGUGAAUCUUACAUCUACGAGUGGAAUAUUUUCCUCGCCUUUGUAUGACGGAGGAAACACUACUUAUCCGUUGAGCACUAAAUGCUUUUGGAAGAUAUUUGUUCCUGAAAAUCACAAAAUUCUUUUGCAAUUCGAUGAUUUCAACGUCGAACUGUUUGGACUUUGCGCGGCAGAUUGGGUGAAGAUCUAUAAUGGCACCGAUGCAUCGAAGGAACAUUUGAUAUCACACGUUUGCGGAAAUUUCCCACCCAUGCCUAUUCUAUCUGAAUCUAACGUAAUUACGGUAGAAUUCAACUCAGAUUUUGUUGAGGCAGACUUUGGAUUUUUGGCGUCGUUUUUGGCUGUUCACCAUAGCAUCGAAGAUUCUGGUUGUGGAAGCCCGCGCGAUGUUCGAACUGAAAUUGUAAUUUCCAGUCGAGGCUAUCCUACAAUUUUUACAACGAAUCCCGGAGACAGCUGCCUAUGGAUAAUCGAAGCCCCUGAAGGGAAGAAAAUUUUGUUUGACUUUAUGAAUUUUAGAAUGACCGUUGUAGGGGAGAAUGAGUUAAGGAUUUAUGAUGGUACUGACACUUCAACUGAGCAUUAUCACGCGUUUGAUGAGAUGCGACCGCCGAAAAAUCAAGUAGUUAUUACCUCAAGUAAUCACGCAGUCAUGGAAUUAAAAGUGUGGAACUAUAUGGAGUGGACUGCGAAAGGAUUUCAUGCUCAAUUGAAAUUUAUUUCACCCAAUGAAACUGAGAACUAUCCCGAUGCUAUAGAUAUUGGAUUAACUGAUUACACUGGAUAUUGCGGAGAACAGGAAAUAUUGCCGAAAUUUCUUACGAUCGGUGGACGAAUAGUCGGUGGAAAUGAGUCAAUACCUAAUUCGUGGCCGUGGCAGGUGAACUUGAGAAAUAAUAGAAAGCCAAUUACGCGCAUAGUUUGUGGAGGGACUCUCAUAUCUUAUUCAUGGAUCAUAACAGCUGCACAUUGUACUCCUCAUCCAGUUCUUUAUGCUUUUGCUGGAGAUCACUUAUAUAUACAGACAGACUAUAAAAUGCAGAUCGCAAAAGUUUUGAAAAAAAUUGUUCACGACAACUACCAAGUUGGGGCAACUUGGAAUAACGAUAUUGCGUUGCUAGAGUUGGAACGUCCAUUUCGAUUUACUGAAUAUGUUCGACCUGCCUGUGUUCCAACGCCGGAUGUUGAGUUCGAGGUUGGAACAAAAUGCUAUGCUACUGGUUGGGGUAAACAACAAGAAGGCUCUAAUGUAGUAACACCGACUCUUCGUGAAGCACCAAUUCCUCUCUUAUCGCGAGAAAAGUGCGGUGAAAUAUAUUUCACUGAAUUCACAGAAAACAUGUUUUGUGCUGGAUAUUUAGAGGGUGGCAUUGACGCAUGUCAGGGUGAUUCGGGAGGACCACUGGUGUGUCGACAAUCUGGAAAAUUCAACUGGGUGUUACUCGGUGUGACGUCAUGGGGAUGGGGUUGCGGGAGAGCUAAUUAUCCAGGAGUUUAUACGAGAGUAAAUAGAUACGGAGAAUGGAUCCGAAAUUCGACAAACAAUGAGGCAAGAAUGAACUUUAACAACAGUGGUCCAAUACCGACCAUGGAACCAACGACACCAGCUCCAACAACAGUAGGAACCACUACAGUGGAGCCCAUUACGACUACAACUGCGCAGCCGAUUACAACAGCUCAGCCUGUGACCACAGCUCCAGCUCCAAUUUGUGAAGAUUUUAAACUUAUAAAUGGCGGUGAAGGAACAUUCACAAGUCUUAGUCAUUCAAAUAUUGGCUCUGAAUUCAUCAACUGUACUUGGUCGAUUCAAGCAUCUCACUCCGCUGCUGUUAUGGAAAUAACUUUUAAGGAAUUCGAUUUGCCCGUUCUAAACCUCAUUGGUGAAUGUGGAGAUGAUCAUAUAACAAUGAAAAUAAUAGACACCGCUACAAACACAACAAAAAUCACAAAAAAAUAUUGUGGAACUGUCAAACCUCCAGAUGUUUCAGCUUUCUCGAUCGAUAUAUUUUUUAUAUUCAACGAAACGGAACAUUAUUAUCCCGGUUUCAAGGUGGGGUACAAAGAAAUCGAUCCGUGUUCCGGUACUUCUACAUUUAUUAGUGAAAAAAGUGGUGUUCUUUUCAAUCCAAACUAUCCAGAACCCUAUCCUACAUAUAUGGCAUGUUCGUGGACUAUUGUUACCCAUAACAUGAGCAUAGCUAUCCAGUUCAAAGUACUGUCGCUUGCAGCUUCAGAUGACGGAACAUGUUUGGACAGUAUUUUGAUCAAAUCAGAGAUUGGAGACGAUGAAGAUGAAAUGUACGGGCCCUAUUGCGCAAUGCAUGAACCAAUUGUUCUCAGUAUUGUUGGAAAUGCGACAAUAUUAUUUGAAAGCACCAGUGUCGGCGGUGUUGGAAACGAAUCUGGAUUUUUCCUGGAAUUUGAACAAUAUGUUCCAUUCGUCGAAUUUGACGUUUUUCAACAAGCUUCGUGCUUCAGUUUAUAUUUCGUUGAUGAAAAUGGAAAUUUUACGGGAAGUAAAAUCAAAGACGACAAUGUCGAAGAGCCGAUAUGCAAAUGGACAAUAAUGGGAACUAAUGGCCACCCUAUUUCUCUCGUCAUAAAUCCCUGGAUUGGAGUAUCAAACAUAGAUUGCACGGAACAUAAUAUCAAGUUAUUUUACGGAAGCAAAAACGAAACGAUAUGUCUCGAUCCACCAACACCUAAAACAUUUCUAAUUCUGGAUGAAGAGGUUCUGAUUGAUUUUGUCGGGGAGAUGGUUGAUGAAAGAAUUGGAUUUGAUGGUUCAUUUGUAUUCGUUCAAGGAUCAGCAGUCUCGAAAUAUGCUUCUAGUUUAUAUAUGAUUACUUUUUUACUAAUAUUACAAAUAUUUUACACCGACGGAUCUUAAAAUAAAUUCCUAUUGGUAUGUG